AUGGUCCGACUACAGCUCCCCCAACGCUUCGGCUCCCGCUUAGCUGCUGGGAGUAAUGCUUCGACUCCCGGCCAGAGUAGAAGCUCUAGUCCAAUGAAGACUCCUGAUUUUAAGCCCUUGUUGCUCAGGAUAUCUGUCAUAAAAGGUCGAAAUCUUGCGGCUAAAGAUCGGAGCGGUACCAGUGAUCCGUAUCUAGUCAUCACGUUCGGAGAUGCGCGACAAUCAACUCCCACAAUACCCAAGACGCUCAACCCGGAAUGGAAUGUUACCUUCGAUAUGCCGGUCAUCGGAGUACCCCUGUUGGAGUGCGUUUGCUGGGAUCACGAUAAAUUCCGUAAGGACUAUAUGGGCGAGUUUGACAUUCCCCUGGAAGAUGUUUUCGCGGACGGUGAAGUCAAACAAGAGCCGAAAUGGUAUACACUGUCGUCCAAACGGAAAGGUACCAAGAAAAAGGACAACACGGUCUCGGGGGAGAUCCUUCUACAGUUUUCACUAUCCGAUUCGUCCAACCCUGCGGCAACCCCAAGGGAAAUCUACCAGAAAUUUAAGACUCAAGUUUCCUCCGGUGACGACGACGAAUACUUCCCAGGCCACGAUUUAGAUGAUGGGGAUGGGGAUGGGGAUGAGGAAGUUUCCGAAGAAGCAGAAGACCUUAGCAAGUCAGAAGUAGUAGAAAGACGGAGAAGGCGACUUCGCCUUGCUCGCCUCAAACGCAAGUCCCUAGCAGCCAGGGCUUACCAGUUCUCGGGUUCUGGAACCGGAGUACAGGGAAUUGUGUUCAUGGAAAUCAUCAAGGUUACGGAUCUCCCUCCCGAGAAAAAUGUGACUCGUACGUCGUUUGACAUGGACCCAUUUGUUGUGACUUCACUGGGAAGAAAGACUCUACGGACCCCUGUAGUUCGCCACAAUUUGAAUCCGAUAUACAACGAGAAGAUGGUUUUUCAGGUCAUGAAGCAUGAACAAUCGUACACCAUCAGCUUUACGGUCAUGGAUAGAGACAAGUUCUCCGGCAACGAUUUCGUUGCCUCGGCCGGUUUUCCUCUGCAGACUCUGAUCCAGGCUGCACCCGAAGCAGAUCCGGAGACUGGCUUGUAUCGAUUCCCAGAGUUCUCCUCAUCUCCCAGCCUGCCUCCUACCAAACCAAGCAGGCUAGGCAUGAGCCGGACUCCAUCAUCCACCAGUUUGACCAAGGUGUCCAGGCCCAUAUUAAGGCCCAAACGCUCUUCCGCCUCAAUAUCAGGCCAGUCCCAGCAGCAACAAGAGCCACAGAUAACAGUUCACCCGUCGAGUGUCCCGGAAGGACUAACUUGUGAUACCCCUUCUGUCACCAGUUCCAGUAAUUGCGCCAUGGAUGCGGAUGGCUUUAAAAUAUACGUAAUACCACUUUCCUUGAGAAACAAGGAGCGAUGGGAAGAUAAACAUCUCCCCGAACUCUACGUCAAGGCUAAAUACGUGCCGUAUCGUGCUCUAAGACAGCAUUUCUGGAGACUAAUGCUCAAGCAAUACGAUGCCGAUGACAGUGGCCGCAUCGACAAGGUCGAAAUGACAACGAUGCUUGACACCCUUGGUUCGACAUUGAAGGAGUCGACCAUUGACGGGUUUUUCACUAGAUUCAGCGCCGAGAAUGAGCCCAGUGAGACGAUGGAUCUGACCUUCGAUCAGGCGGUGAUGUGUCUCGAGGACACAUUACAGGCGUUGCAGAAAAGCGCCGGAGCCGUCCCCAGCGCUCUCUCAACUGGAAGCGAGGACCAAUCGAGCAGUGAUGAGCUCACCGUGGAGACUGGUGAAUCCGUACCGUCGAAUACCCAACCCGAUACCACGGCUGUGCCGACGCUGUCUACUGAAGAACAGCCCAGUCCCACGGGCGAAGAUCUUUGUCCGGAUGAUCUGGGCGAUGACAUGGAUGAGGAGCAUGUCGUCGAGAUUCGAGAAUGCCCGCUAUGCCACCAGCCGAGACUGUCAAAGCGGUCGGACGCGGAUAUCAUCACACACAUCGCGACGUGUGCCAGCCAGGACUGGCGGCAGGUUGACAAUCUCGUGAUGGGUGGCUUCGUCACGUCUAGUCAGGCGCAGAGGAAGUGGUACACCAAAGUCAUCACGAAGAUUUCAUAUGGUGGAUAUAAGCUGGGAGCCAAUUCUGCAAACAUUCUCGUUCAGGAUCGAAUUACCGGACAGAUCAAUGAGGAGCGCAUGAGCGUUUACGUCCGUCUAGGUAUUCGGCUACUAUAUAAAGGACUCAAGAGCAGGGAUAUGGAGAAGAAGCGAAUCCGCAAGAUACUCAAAUCGAUGAGUAUCAAGCAAGGCAAGAAGUAUGACGAUCCGGCUUCCGCGAGCCAGAUUCGGGACUUCAUCAACUUCCACAUGCUUGACAUGUCAGAAGUUUUGUUACCCGUAGACGAAUUCAAAACUUUUAACGAGUUCUUUUACCGGGCGUUGAAGCCCGGUUCUCGACCUUGUUCAGCCCCUGAUAACCCCAAGAUUGUCGUGUCUCCUGCCGACUGUCGCGCUGUUGUUUUCGAUCGUAUCGAUGACGCAACCAGGAUUUGGGUCAAGGGCAGGGAAUUCUCCAUUGAAAGACUGCUUGGAAAUGCCUAUCCGGAAGACGUCACGCGUUACAAGAGCGGAGCACUGGGGGUUUUCCGACUGGCUCCUCAGGACUACCAUCGUUUCCACAUCCCAGUAGACGGGGUCUUGGGAACACCCAAGACUAUCGAAGGCGAGUACUACACUGUGAACCCCAUGGCUAUCCGCUCUGCGCUGGACGUGUACGGCGAGAACGUGAGGGUUCUGGUGCCGAUCGACUCGGUUGCCCACGGUCGGGUUAUGGUCGUCUGUGUUGGGGCAAUGAUGGUUGGAAGUACAGUCAUCACCCGGCAACCCGGAGAGAAGGUGUCCCGGAGUGAAGAGCUUGGGUACUUUAAAUUUGGUGGAAGUACUAUUCUACUUCUGUUCGAGGAAGGCGUGGUGAAUUUUGACCAGGAUCUGGUGAACAAUUCAAACGGCCCUCUUGAGACUUUGAUCCGAGUAGGCAUGUCGGUGGGCCACAGCCCCGAUGUACCGCAGUUUGAGCCCGACAUGCCCAAGAAGACCGAAGAAGUCUCGAUGGAGGAGAUGCAGCAUGCUAAGCGAAAGAUCGAGGGCAGUCUGGCGCCUCCGGCCGAAGCGUCUCCGGCCGAACAGCUUUGA